AUGAUCCCCCGCUCAAUUUGUCUUUUGGCCAGCGUUCUAGCUUUUGGGAGCUCGCUGGCCAAUGCGCAUGGCUCACAUUCAACCGAGCAGCCAGCUUCUAAUGAUUGGACCACGAAGCACAUGCUUGGGGAACAUCACAUUGAAUCGUUUGACGCACUUUCAUUUUUCACGCUUCACGAUUACGACGAUUCAGGGGCUUGGACACCCGAUGAAGUACGCAAGACAUAUGGCGCCGACCACGAAUCCAAUGACGGAGUGAGCGAGUCUCGCAAAGUGGAGGCCGUCCGCGAGGUCUUUGAACUUUUUGACCCCGAAAACACCGGUUAUAUUACUCGUGAUGCUUGGACAAAGGCAUUUGAUGCGGGUGUGCGGCUGCCAGAUCUCGGUCUUGGACCUGGUCAUCACGGCGAUAUUGAAUAUGAAUAUGAGAUCCACCACUUUGAACAAUUCCACGGCGAAGACGCAACCGCAGAGGAACUGACACAUCCCGAAGAUAUCGAACACUUCAAACAACACGAUGAACUUGAGCUUGCGGAACUACGACUCGAGCAGCUGGAACAAAAGUCGAUCGUAGUAGACAUGAUCCCCAAUAAAUUCCGAAGACACUAG